CAGAGAAGGAGCAAAAGAAUAAGCCAUGGAUGCUCAUCAAGCAUUUCAAACAAUUCCCUCUCCUUCUCCUUCUCCUUCUCCUUCUCCUCCUCAUCAAACCCAAGUCAUCACCAAUUUUGGUAACUUAGAGAAGUUGAUGAAUCUCAUUAAUGGAGGGAAUGCAGGACAACCCAACAUUAAUUUCAACCCAAAUUAUGAUGGAAGUGGGUCGGAGGAGGAUGAGGAUGAGAAUGAGGAUGACUCAGUAGUGUCUGUUACACAGACCAAGAGAAGAACAGGGGAUCGAGCAAGAAUGUUGAUUACAGAGCGUCGCAGGUGGAGACGUAUGAAGGAGAAGCUCCUCGCAUUGCGUGCCGUAGUUCCUAACAUAUCAAAGAUGGAUAAGGCUUCCAUGGUAGGAGAUGCAGUCUUGUACGUACAAAGUCUGCAAAUCCAAAUUAAAAAGCUUAGAGCUGAAGUUGCAGGGCUCGAAUUAUCAUUAGAAGGAGGAGGAGGAGGAAGAGAUAGAUUUGAGAAGUUGGCUUCUUCUCCUAAGCCCAGGAAGUUACAAGUGGUAGACAAGAAGCAGAUUCCUGGUUGCAGGAAGAUAUUGCAGAUGGAGGUAGUUCAAGUAGGAGAAAGAGAGUUCUAUGUGAGGUCGGCUUGUCACAGGGGAGAAGGUGUAGCAGUAGCCCUUUACAGAGCCCUUGAGUCCCUGACUUGCUUCGAUGUCCAAAGCUCUAAUGUCACUGCAGUUUCUGAUAGAUUUUUGCUGACGUUUACUCUCAUUGUUAGGAAGGGUGGGGAAGAGAUGAACGUGUCCACAUUGAAGAAACUGGUGAUAGGUGCUCUUCUUAGUCAAGGAUUUGAGUUGAAAACGCCAGGAGAUCCUUAAAUUAAACAGUAUUUCUUAUGAUCCCAAGCGAGUUGGGAGAAGAAAACAGUGGCUUUGAUCAUCUUCCUGAAAUGACUCUGUAGCUAGUACAGUUUCCACUCCAGUACUAAGUGUGGCUAUUCGAGGAAGUCAACUAUUUGGGGA